AAACGUGUUUCACCAGCCGUUGCUGAAGUUGGGAAGGAAAUCGCCGUUGAAGUGGGAAAAGAAGCUCUCAAGGAAUCGUUAAACAUUAUGAAUGAACAAGGAGAGAAAGCGGAGAAGUUUGUCAACAAGAAAGUAAGUUUUUUGUUUGUAAUUCAGUCACAACUUUGGCCCCUGCACUCGGAGCUUAUAUCGACAUGAUUUCAAAGUUGGUUUUUGAUAAUUAAUCAAGAGUCGACAACAUUUAGUAAAAAGUCAGACUGUGUAUUGUUUAGUACUAUCUGUACUAAUUAAAAUUACAGGAGAAGGCGAACUUAAACUUUGAGAUUCUUUAAUAAUCCUUGCUCUUUAGAGAAGCUAUAUAGAAAACUCGAUAUUAACGAAGUGUAUAUUAAGUAGCUGUCUAGCCGUUUGAGCGUCGACGCCUGGUCCGCCGUGAUAUUGGUGUCUCAAAACAAUUAAACAGUGGCCAUGUUGGUGUCACAAACCAAUCCUGUGGGAGUUGAACUCUUCUCUUACACAAGAGACUUUCAGAGCAUCGGUUAGAGCAUCGCACCGGUAUCGCGAGGUCACGGGUUCAGACCUUUUCAGGCUUCUUACGAAAUUGCAUAAAUUGCGUUCAUAACUGCGAGGAUCAUUCUUUAUUUGAAACUUUAUUUAGUUCCAAUUGAUUUACAUGAGCUGCUGAGUGAAAAGGCUCUAUAUUCAAAACCAAAUAGAAUUACAUAAAAUCGUUUUCAAUCUUAUGAUUUCACGGCGGUCAUCAGGCAUAUUCAUGUACGAAAACAAUGAAACGGUGGCCAUAUAUUGGAGUGCCACUGAGAAAUAUCCCUCGGAGAGUGAACUCUUUUCUCAUGUAAACGAAUACUCUUCAGCUCGUUUCACUUUCUCUUUCUGUUGUUUUUAGCUGGAAAUAAACAUCGACCCACAGAAAGGUUGGGAAACAGAAAAUUUGUUUGUUCCUCCUGGUUUCCACAUUGACAGUAAAAUUGAAGGAGAAGGUGAAAAACCAAAAGGAGAGACUGGAGAACAGCCUUUCAUCUAUCCCAUGGGAGUAGGUGGACUAAUAAUGAAUGGAUGUUUCGCCACAAACUAUCAGAAAGGAGAUCCUUGUUAUGAAGCCAAGUGGAAGACCACAAUUUGCCUGGUAAACGAAAUUUUUUAGUAUUUAAUUUAUAGUUUUUGACUUUUACACAACAUCACUUUGGAUAUUCCAAGGCGACCGCGGUGAAAGAAUUUAAAGAACUUAAUCUAUUAUGUCUCUAUUUUUAAAGCUUACAACGAGACUAUUUGACUUUUAAAUUAAGUGCCCAUGCCCUAAAAAGUUUUAUUUCUUUAACUGAAAAUACACUUUGUUACGAGAGGUUCUACAAAAAAUGUUAAAUUUGUACAUAACAUUAUUUUUUUAGAAUGUCCUUUAACUGUUUGAAUUUGCCGGCAUUUUGGCAUAUUUAUAGUCGUCUUAGUCUUUUCGCGGAAAACCCUCAGAAACAAGGGCAGUUGUGACGUAGAUGAAGGAAAUUAUGCCGUAAAUUGAGGAACACCUGACUUUGGUUGCAAGUAAACAGGUGUGGGGUUCUAGAAAUAUUGCUUCUAUUUCACAAAUUUUAACAGCUGUAAAAAGGUACAACAAGCAAGUAAGAUACGCUGCGGUUAGAUUCUGAACAACACUGGCGACUAUAAGAAAGGGACAAGCACGCAUAAAAUCCUGUUCCUUUUAGUUCCUUUAUGUCUCAAGAAUUCCCAUAUAAGACUGUCAAUUUCAUGAUCAGCAUAACGGGUGUGCCAAAGAAAAAUUUCUAAAAAACAUUUCGUUUCGUUCAAGACUCAUAACUUUUUCGAAAAAGUUCUUGUAGUAAUGUGUUCUCUCAGAAUGAAAAUCAGGUCAUACGCAUUAUAAGCAUCACUCAUGCUUAUAAUUUGUUCAGCGGAAGCAAUAACAAAUUACCUAAAACAUCUUUUUUUAAUAUUGAUCCCCUUGAUCGAGAUCGCCUUGUUAAUCGGAUUCCCACUACCGAUCCCUACCACUCGACCGCUGAUAAGAGGACACUGUAAAUCCACGUCAAAAAAUUCUAAGGGAAAACAAUUUCAAAAAUAACGCCAAAAAAAAAAUUAUUCAGUCUGUAAUCACAAUAAGAACGAUUCUCAAUACAAAACUGCCAUAACUAUCAAACGAUUGCUGAGAUUUAAACGUGAAAAAGUUGGGCGUACUUUUGUCAAGUUGUUUUCUACCAGAAGCUCGCGCAUGCGCCUGGGCUGAAAUAGCCCGUUUAAUUAUUUUCUGUUUUGUUAGAAUCAAAUUGAUGGUGCCAAUUUCAUUGGUGUUGGGUUUGAUGCUCGCGGCGACAGCAGUCCAGAGUCAAGAAAAAUGAGCGUUAUACAAAGAGACUGCUCGGGAAGAGCAACGUAAGUUUAAGCUAGUGAUACGUACACGUGUUUUUAACAGAAGCAGAUAGAUUCAUUUUACGGUGACCUUUUGAACAUUUUCGUGUCCGUUGUUUUCGUAAUUCAGUGGAAUUUUAAAAUCAUGAAUUGCGCGCGCAACCUACAGAACAGUCAGUUAUCUGUUAAAAGACACCAAUUGUAACUUAUCCGUGGGCGAUUAGUUCCAAAGGAAAUUUAGGCACAUUUUUAGCCGAGGAUAGGUAGAUCUUGAAUACAAUGUAAAAAUAAUAUAACUAUAAUUAUCUGCUAUUCGAUAUAUGCACUGUUCAGGUACGAUGAUUUUGAUGUCCCUGAUACCAUGAACGUCCACGGAGUAUACGACACAAGCGCCACGAUGCAUACUUUCUACAGCCGUAGUGAAUACCAAUCAUUUGUUCAAGAACAGUCAGGAAUGUCCGGCUCUGCAUUUGGUUUUCGUGCUGGCGUGAAGAAGGCUUGGGGAAGUUCCUCUCUCAAAGGAUCACAACAAUACAUGGCUCUUUUUUCAAUUGACAUCGACAGGUACAGAAGAGUCCCAAAGUCCUUUAGUUUGUUCCUUAACAGGAAAAGCGUAAUAAAUUAGCGCUCAAACUUUCAGAUUUUGAUCUUCGUGUUUCACUCACCCAAAGCCUCUACCGUCUCUUCACGCAAGGUCCCGUUUAUAAGCUCUAACUGCUUAAAACAGGGCUCGCGCAUGCUCUGAUUAUCUCGCCUCGAAUUGACCCGUCUGGGGUAUCCGAAGUGUUUAUAAUCAUAGAGAAAAGUUGACCCAGCUAGGACUUCGGUGACCCUUCCAUCAAGAAUUGGUGACUAGGCUAGGCGGGCCAUCCUUCAUACAGCCGACUUUUUGUUUCUCAAGCAAACGGUUUGCCAAGUUCUUGAGGAAUUGUGGGAAACGUUGCCACACCUAGGGUAUAGCUCGAGAAGGCGAGUGACUCUUCCACCUGGGACAAGUUUUCCCUGUCACUGUCUUUUUUUUUCUUACAUCGUAAGGCCAUAGAUGAUUUGAAAUGCCUAAUAGUAAAGAAAUUCCAGUCAAUUCUUAGCACUCGCGUUCCAUUAAAUAAAUAAGACGUCCAAUACCAAUACACUAAGCGAAAACUUACUUUGUUAAGUGCACCUUUUAACAUCGUUAUAUACGAUCUCAGUGUCCAAACCUAAAUCGAAACUAAAUUUACUGUUGUUUAUUUUAUAGGUAUGAAAUAUUUUUGGAUGUUGUCAAACCAAGUGAUCUCAGUGUAGGUUUCCUUAAAGAGUUUAUGGAUCUUCCAACUUCCUAUCUUGCUCCUGGUGCCGCUAUCAAGUUCCGUAAGUUUUGGCUUUCUCCAAUCUCUAUCUUUAAUCUUUAAUCACAGUUCGUAACCAAACAUAACUGAUACAAAUGAACUAAUACUUACAUAUACAAUCCAACAAAAAUACAAAAAUGGUUAACAGGACGGUAGUAGGGGGAAACCAAAUUCCCAUGCUAAGACAUACCCUCCAAAAAAGAAAGUUCUAUAUUUAACUCUAUAUUUAACUCUGCUUAGACCGACGAAAGUACGCUGGGGUCAAGAAUGUAGGAAAGAAUAGGGAGCGUUUAAUACCGGGGCUGAUUUUGAAGGAUCGUUAAAAACGCCGGACAAAAAAAAUUCCACUUCAUGACCCCAUUUGCAAGGUUAGCUCAAUCUAUCCAACAAAUAACUAACUAAAGACCCUUAGAGUAUUUGCUUGCCGCCACUUUCUGUCCACUCCGUUGAAUUACGCGGAGAAAGCUGUAGAAAAUGAUAACACAUCCUGACUUCGUAAAAGCACGCGGGCUCCGACCCACAGCCAUCAAAUUAAAACCCUUGAAAUAAAACGUUUGUCUUAUUGCAUCUCCAGAGGAUUUCAUCCUAAGAUGGGGAACGCACUACACAAAAUCUGGAAAAUUUGGUGGUAGACUGCAGAUUUUCAAGACAAUGGAAGCAAACCAGGUAUCAAGCAAAGCAGAGUUCAGCCAAGUCAUUGAGAUGUCAUUCAGAUCUCUAUUCUCGAGUUUAAAUUACAAAAAGGAAAAGAAAGGAGGGGAAAGUCUUAAGAAACAAAAUAAAGAGUCGUCCACAUCCGUAAGUGUGGAAGGAGGAGACCAAAAAAUCGCUUCCGUCAUCACUGAUUUCAAUUCACCAACCAUAAAGAAUGACAUCAAUCAAUGGUUGGAAUCAAUCCGCACCUUUCCAAAGCCUUUUGGAUUUAUACUUGCGCCGAUUACUGAACUGCUCAAGUUUAAUCCUUCGUCCUUGUUUACUGACGAAGAAAGAGACUGGGGGUGUGAAUCUCAUGCCCUUGACAUGAAGGAAGAUCCCGAGACAAAAGAGAAGUACUACGAAGCUAAAAUCAACGGAACUGUAACAAAGAAAUUUUGUCCAUAUAAGGACCGUGAUUAUUUGUAUUAUUUGGUGGAGAGAAGGCGGAACAGCCUUGAAAGAGCUAUUGCAGUCUACAUGGAAGAGGUAACCAUCACUGAUUCUUUUAUCUAAAUAUUACAACUUUUAAAAACAUUUCUAGCAUAGAAACUGACAUUAGCUUUAAUAACUCCGGAAUAAAUUACAGAAAAAAAAAGAAAGAAAGAUUUCGCUACGCGUAGCUAAAUCUUUCUUUCUUUCUUUUUUUUUUUUGGCAUUAAAAAUUUAAAAUAAAGGUGCUUUAAUCCUAAAUCUAAAAUCAAGAAUUCACUCUUCUAGUACGUGUUCUAUGUAUGGUCUGGUAUUCUUUUUUAUUCUUUUUUCUAGGGUCCUAUUUCUGCAUCUGAUAUUAAUCUACCCGCAGGACAACCCGGAUGUCAGACUGAAAACUAUCAAUUUCAAGAAAAAAUCGAAAAGCCAACGUUUGAUGCGAUGACUAAGCAACAUGCUCAGUUUUUGGUAGUUUUUAACUUGAAGGAGGAAAUUUACGACAAAAAUGACGAAGAGAUAUCUCACAACAUGGAAAAAUACGUGAGAUUCUAUAGAGGUGAAUGGUUUGUUAGUGAUAGUCGUGACGAAAUUAAGAUGGCUACGGGCUGUAGUCUCGGAGGUGGACAAAACAACAAGAUUUGUAUACUUGGAUUGCUUCUAGAGUAUAACCAACAAACUGGAUUUCUCACGUUAAGUAAACAAGAUUUUGAGGUUUCCAAAAAAUCAUUUCCGACUUUAACAGAAGAUUUGAUUGGCUCCUUGAUGGCCCAUGUGGAAUGGCCUCCUGAACGUAUCUUUCAGAUAAAAAAUGUCAUAGGCUACUUGCCAUGUAAUGUAAAAUGGUCAAACGUCUUUCGCUUUGAUCCAAGCAACAAAGAGGGGAAAUGUCUUCACUUUACAGCUUCGUCGAAAGGAACUGUGUUCAUUAUAUUUGCUGCUGUUCCAAAUAAUAAAGACACAUGGUACUACGUUCAAAUCUCGCCUUAUGGUGUUGGGAUAUUUAAGGUAAGCAGCAUAACUCAAUGCUUUUAUAAUUAUGUUAUUGCGUUCUGUUAACAAAUUGUACCUUAAUCCACAUCAAAUUGUCACCAAAUCGUCCUAAUUUCAUAAAGUACGACAGCUGAAAAGUACCGGCUUUUACACACAACAAAACCUUUAAACGCAAAUUUCUAAGGAUGAACUGAGCAAGUAUGAAAAUUUCCUAAAUCUUAUGGGGAAAUCUAAAAAAAGAAAGAUGAGCAACUCAGUUUUCGAGCAGGGAGGUUUCUGUGCAAAAGUCUUUAAACAGAAGUUAAGGUGAGGCUAGCUUCUUAUGUACGUCAACUCUGGCCUUUUAUUUAAGUUCUUAUGAGGCGAAAUACUUUAUUAAGUUCAAAUUUUCCUCGUUUAAACAGUCCUUUCGCGUCAAAUAUUGUUAACUGCUGGGGAUACCUCAGUCACUUAUAUUGAGAUGGAACUGACUUCGCCUGUAUGGCCACAAACAGUGAGGGCGAAAAUUCUAAAUUUCGUGUCAUUCAUUGGCUUGUUCCGUUAAACUAAAGGCGCACAUGCCAAGUGCUGUGGUUAAAAGGGUCUAAUUUGAACUUUUGCUAAUUUCUUAUAUAUAUUUUUCAGUCACAGAGACUCAUGGUAUCUACCGUUGAAAACAACGCAGUUGGUUUGGGAGCUGAUAUUCUUUAUCAGUCAUAUUUCGUUUGCCUUAAAGAAACUUCCAAAAGCACGGUUAUCGAGUAUGGCAAGAGUCAGGGCACAACGGAGUUCGGUGACGUCUACCUGACAAUGAUAGACACUGACCAUCCAUUGUUUGUGCGUUUCUAUUCAUUUGGCAAUGGAGAAAAGCAAUUGGAGGUGGUUGAUGCACAUAUCAUCUCACGUCACCUGACCAAAGCUAAGUGCAGAGGAGACACUAUGUAUGACAAGGAAACCAACAUGUGUGUGCAGCAUUGCCACGAAUUGUGUGAUCCAACGCAGGGUAAUUAUAAAAAU